UGGGCCGGGCCUGGGUGCUGCAGCGGGCGAAGAGGGCGACGAGGAUAAACAGUUUGACAUCCGAAGCUGUGGGAGUGUGUUGGUCGCUGUCUCUCGCCGGCCGCCGGCGAUGUCGACGGCUGCAGCCACCGCCACCCUGACCUCCCCCCCCUUUGCCCGGCGGCCUCGCGCCCCGCGGGGCGGCAGGCGGACGGUGCGGCCGCGCGCGUGCGCGUUCCACCCGGAGGUGGCACGCGCGGUGGAGUCGCUGCAGGCGGAGUUCCGGGAGGUGGACCAAGCCCUCGCCCUCAACUCCUCCCGCGUCUCCGCCGCCUUCCACGCCGCCCGCGUCGCCCCCCACCACUUCGGUGGGUCGACGGGGUACGGCCACGACGACGCCGGCGGCCGGGAGGCACUCGACUCCGUCUUCGCCCACGUCGUCGGCGCCGAGGCCGCCAUCGUGCGCCCCCAGUUCUUUUCCGGCACGCACGCCAUCGCCUGCGCUCUGUUCGCGCUCCUGCGGCCUGGACACGAGCUCUUGGCGGUCGCCGGGCCUCCCUACGACACCCUGGAGGAGGUCAUCGGGAUCAGGGGGUCGGCCAACGUAGGAUCGCUCAAGGACUUUGGGGUGACCUACCGAGAAGUCCCGCUCGCAGCAGAUGGUGGCCUUGACUGGGACGCGCUUGCGCAUGCCAUCAGACCGGAGACCGGGUGCGCGCUCAUACAGAGGUCCUGCGGUUACUCGUGGCGCAAGAGCCUGGGCGUAGAUGAUAUUAUGCAAAAUCCAAACUGCAAGGUUAUGGUUGACAACUGCUACGGUGAAUUCGUUGAGACAUCGGAGCCUCCAAUGGUGGGAGCAGAUCUGAUUGCCGGCAGCUUGAUAAAGAACCCUGGUGGUACCAUCGCACCUUGUGGUGGCUACGUUGCUGGGAAGAAAGAUUUGGUUGCCGCAGCUGCAGCUCGCCUAUCCGCACCCGGACUUGGGGUGGAGUUUGGGCAGUAG